UCCCGCGGAACUUCAUCUCCUCCAGUCCGGACGGAACAAGACGCUCGAGCGUCGCUUCCCGGGCUUCAAGCGUUGCCGGUCCGUCCGGCCCGGAGGUCCGCCGGAACACCAGCGAGACAAAGGUUCCGCCCCCGCUGCCUGCGACUCCGCCAGCGAGUCAGGAGUCGCACAGCCUGUUGAGCGCGAACACAGCGUCCCGCCUGAAGACCUCAGACACACGAACACGGUCGAUACACGACCCAAGAGAAUUGGACCUCCGUCGCCGCCAGGUGGCCACUGUCGGAACUACAGUUUUUUUUUCCUUUUUCGAGGACGCGUUCGGGUGCGCGCACACGCGUCUCCGUGAACGAGGCCGGAGAACAAAGGACGAAGUCUUCGGCGCAAGUCGCGCGCGCGACUUUUCGUUUCUCCCGCGAGAGUGACGGACAAGCACGUUCCUGCGGAGGACUUCACCACACGAGCGCGCGCGAGUGGAGGUUCCUGAGGGCGAACUCCUCUUCAUCAUCAGCUGCUCUUCCUCUUCCUCACCGACUCCCCGGCGUUUAACCUUAGAUUCCCACACUUGGAUUUCAGCAUCUGCUCGGGACGCUCCACGGCUGGGAUCCUUCCCGAGGAGCGGCAGGACGUGUCCCUGGUGCCGCUCCAGUCGCGACUUGUGGAAGCCUCCAGGACCAUCAGCAGACGAGGCCAGAGCUUCUCCUCCUCCUCCCUGUCCAGGCGCCGGAGCAUGUCCCCGGCGCAGCUGCGGCUCAGGAGCUCCCGGAGGGUCAGAGGGAAGAUGUGGGGUCCGUCGGCGGUCGCUGAGCGGGUCACGCGGCCACAUUAGUGGUGCUGGAAUGCAGCCUGGGGGGGCCCCAGCAUGGAGGGCCCGCUGCUCAGCUCUCCUGCGCUGGCUGAGCCUCCGGCUCUGCUCCCGCCGGGGGACCCUGCUCUUCCUGCUGCUCUGGCUGGGCUCCUGGCUGCUGCUCAACGGGCUGGUUCUGGUGCGUCGGAACAUUCUGUCAGACUUUUGCACCGAUGACGGGAGCAAGAAGAUCCUGGAGCAGCUGUGCGCAGACUUUGGGGCGGGCUCUGUGUCGGGCGACAUGUGUCUGGACCUCUGCGUGCGGCGCCAGGUCCACUACCAGCAGUGCCUAUACUACCAGAGCGGGAAGAAGGUGAUGGCGGCUCGCUGGCGAGGUCGUCCCGUCGUCCUCAAGUCCAAGCUGGAGAACUUCUCCUCCUACCAGCCGCUGGCACUGCUGGACUACCAGGUGCGGGACGCUGCCUCUGGGAGGCUCGGCCCACGCGCCAACAGCUCUUCCCCCUCUCUCUCGGCAGGACGCCGCAGAAGACCUGUCGCCGGUGGAAGUCAUGUUCUAUGCCACUCUGGAGGUAGCAACCCUGGCACCUGCCCCCUGGUUGGUGGUGCCACUCAGGCCGUGCUUCUCCCGCAGGUGCGGAACUCCCUGGGUCUCGGCGCCAGCCUGGAGAACCCUGGGAACCUCAGCUCGCUGGCCCAACUGUGGGGGGCGGAGCCAAGCAACAGGGAGAGGAUGUACUCGAGGGCGGAGCUGGCGUCGCUGUGGUCCCUGCUGCAGCAGGAGGAGUACACCUUCCUCAGCCUCUGCUCCAGAGUCCUUCAGGACCUGAGCGUCCACGUGCCCCGGGUGCUGGGCUCCUGCGGCCACUUCUACGCCGUGGAGUUCCUCUCGGCCGGACGCGCCUGGGACCAGAACCUCUUCUCUCUGGAGGAGUCGGGCGUGUCGGGGCAGCAGGGCAGGUGGCGCAUCGCCCUGAGCUUCCUCCACAUGGUGUCGCACUUUGACCUGGACUUUGCCCAUAAGCUUCACCUGUGUGACGUUAAACCCGAGAACUUCGCCGUCCGGAGCGAUCUGACGGUGGUAGCCAUCGACGUGGACAUGGCCUUCUUUGAGCCAAAGAUGUCCGACAUCCUGGAGCAGAACUGCAGCACUGACGACGACUGCAAUUUCUUCGACUGCUCGUCCCGCUGCGACGCAACCACGGGCCACUGCAGCGCCAGGCGCCGGAACUCCAACCUGCAGGCAAACUCUUGUUUGUGUGUGUGCGUGACGCGGGGCCGAGGCCGGAGCCUCCCACUCACCCUCCUCCGCCUCCCUCAGGUCGUCUGCGAGAAGAUCUUCCGACCGUGGUUCUCUCCGACGCUGCUGGGAGCCAAGGCAGGACUCCCCCUGCAGGUGGAGCUGCAGAGAGCUGUGCAGGAAUGUGCCAAGACUGAGGGAGGAGCAGCAGGAGACGUCCACCAGCGCCUCCUGCACGUCCUCACUGGACUCCUGAAAGAGGGAGGGGCGUCUGAGGAAGGGGGGCGGGGCCUCGGGUGAGAGUGGGCUUGGCUCACAGAGACACACGCGCGGAGUGAGGACAGCCAUUAAAGGUUGUUUCGACCCCGAGCUGAGCCGCGUCUUCAGUCCCACACACUCGCAGGCGCCUGGCUCGGUUCCCGCAGGAACAAAGGCGUCUUUGAGAGAGGGACCAGCCUCCAGCAGCCGGAGGCUCAGGACGGAAGCAGAGCCCAGCCCAGUUCUCCUGCUGGGCUCUGCUUCCGUCCGGAUCUGGACCAUGGAAAGCUCGGCGCCACUUGGUUCUGAACAACUUUUAUUUUCUACCAUCCGAACGAGGGAACGCAGCUGCAGCGGAACGUGAGGAAGCACUGCCACGGUCUCGUGCCCGGCAGCUGGUCAGCGGCGCCGAGCCGGACGCCACACCUGGACCUCGGCUCCAAUCCCGGCAUCCUCUCCACAUCCACCUGGUCUCUGUCGGAUCUCUGAGCCCAGCUGAGACGGAGACCGAGACGCUGAUGUCCCAGCACAUACAUGGAUCCCCCAAGGGCCCCGGGCCCGCUCACCUGACUCGGAGCGCCGCCCCCCUGGGCAGCUCCUCCCACCGUGCCAGGCACCAGAGGUGUGUCCCUCCUGCAGACACACGCAGGUCACCACAGCGUCACUGGAGGUUCUCUGGGGUUCAGCCUGACCUGCCGGGGGGGGGAUACGGGUCACGGCGUCUCCUGCUGGACCUCAUGGCUGAGGAGCCAGGCUUCUCCACCACGCUGGGCUGGGAGGAGCCGGGUGUGAGGGCAGGGGCCCAGAGGAAGGAAGGUCUGCCAGCAGCAGGUGGAGGACACGGCCGCUUGCUUCUGAAGAUCGGCGCCAACCUGGAGCCAGAGGGAG